UGGUCAGCUGUUUAAUAUUUUCAUGUUGGAUAAUGAAUAGAGUUGCCUGUGUUCUUUCAUACAAUACACGUAUAGUUUUAUUGACCAUAAUUUCUACAAUGUAUUCUCUAUAUAUUAUAUAUUGAAGGUUUUAUACUUUUGAAGCCUUUAUCUUUUAUUUUUUAAAAUCUUGUGGGAGUUUGCAUACAAAUUUUGACAAUUUUUAAGUGAUUUAACUAUUACGAACAAUGGUUAGUCAUAAUUUGAUACGAUAUGGCAUUUGUUAUUGUUACUUUGACGUUUCGCAUUGGUGUUUUUUUGUUAACAAAUUGUCUAAAAGAUAAAAUAUAUUUUGUUUCCAUCUGUGAUGUGCAAAAAUAAACAUUGAGAUUACAAUGAGUCUGGAGCAGGGUGAACAUUUGCUGGCCUUGAAGGUGAUGAGGCUGACAAGGCCUACCCUCAUUGGUCCGCAAGUGAUUUCCUGCGAAAAUCGAGAUUUGCCCCAACAAACAUUUCGACGUCGUAUGGUUGAGCAUGAGACUACUACAGUUGCGGGGGCGGAAACCUUAGCCGCAGGACAAUUUAUGUUACUUCCACAGUCGUUUGGUUCUAUAUACUUAGGUGAAACAUUCGCAAGCUACAUUUGCGUCCACAAUUGUACUACUUACUCUGUUGAGGGUGUUACAGUGAAAGCUGAUCUACAGUCUAAUACCACACGUAUUAAUUUACCCAUGAAUGAAAAGCAAACCAGCACUACACUAUCACCUGACCAAACGCUUGACGAUGUCAUACGAUACGAAGUCAAAGAAAUAGGAACACAUAUUUUGGUGUGUGAAGUGAAUUAUAUCACUCCUGCUGGAUUUCCACAAUCUUUUCGUAAAUUCUUCAAAUUUCAAGUACUCAAACCACUUGAUGUGAAAACUAAGUUUUACAAUGCCGAAAUGGAUGAAAUAUAUUUGGAAGCGCAAAUACAAAAUAUUACCACCGGACCGUUUUGCCUGGAAAAGGUCGAGUUGGACAGUUCGGAACACUACACUGUCACACCACUGAACACCUUAUCGAAUGGCGAGUCAGUGUUCUCUUCUAAGAAUAUGUUACAACCAAAUAAUAGCUGCCAGUUUUUGUAUUGCAUAAAGCCCAAAGCAGAAAUCGCAAAAGACAUAAAAGCUUUACGACAAGCAAACAAUGUGGGAAAAUUAGAUAUCGUGUGGCGUUCGAAUCUCGGCGAAAAGGGACGUUUGCAAACGAGUCAAUUACAACGUUUGCCAUUCGAAUACAAAGAUGUGCGACUGGAAGUAAUCGAUGCGCAAAAUAUUGUCAAAAUAGGCGAACCUUUUACGUUUGUGUGUCGCGUCACAAAUACCGCGGAACGCAUAAUGGAUUUGCUGGCGAAAUUAGAAGCACUGCUUGAGUUUGGUUGCGAUUACACGGGUGCAGCUGAAUUCGAUAUUGGUAAAUUGACGCCAGGUGAACAGCGCGAGUUUCCGCUUACAGUUUGUCCAGCACGUCUUGGACUAAUCAAAAUCAGUCCGUUAUUAUUAACUAAUGUACUGCAGCAGGAGCAGUACAUCAUCGAAAAGGUGGUAGACGUAUUUGUCGUCGACACAGAUUAUCACGAAGAUGAAGCAUUCCAGGUAAACAAAUUCGUGCGUUACGAUAACACCGCGUCGUCGCUAACGGAGGAGCGUACCUUGCAACUCCAAGUUGUCUGAACCUUCCUUCUUGAACUUGGGACAUUCAAGCGUGCGGCCCCUUCAAUGUGUGGCAAUUUUUAUAGUUACGUUAUUGUCGUUAGCCAAUUACUGUAAAAAUAUAUGUAAUUUAUACCAUAAUAUACAGCUGUAUGUAUGUAUUUA